UUCAGUUCAUAGUUCUCUCUGAAACACUCAGGUGAGACGCGACGCUGGUGAAUGUGCGAGGAAGUGUAAGACUGCCAAGGGACAUGAGAGAGAGAGAGCCUGAAAGCGGCAGAAACGAGCUUCCAGGCGGUCACCCUGCAGGUGGAGGUGUUAGACAAGCGAUGGAGUGGAAAGAGCAGGCGGAUCCUGACCAUGUCUUGGCAUUCAGAGACGGUCAGCGAUGGGUAGAGGAGGUUACUGGGAAGAGUUUUGGCAACAAAGAUUUUCGAGCAGCACUGGAAGAUGGAGUCUUGCUGUGCGAACUAGUUAACAAGAUAAAACCAGGUGUCAGUAAAAGGAUCAACCGCCUGUCCACACCAAUAGCUGGUCUGGACAACAUUAAUGUUUUCUUGAAAGGCUGUCAAAAACUUGGUUUAAAAGAAGCCCAGCUGUUUCACCCAGGAGAUCUACAGGAUUUAUCCAGUCGCGUCACUGUCAAACGUGAAGAAAAUCGGAGGAGGCUAAAAAAUGUUCUGAUCACAAUAUAUUGGCUUGGUAGAAGAGCACAGCAUGAGCCUCAUUAUAAUGGACCCUACCUUAACCUGAAAGCAUUUGAAGGGCUCCUUGGGCAGACUCUGACGAAGGCACUUGUGGACUCUGGCAGUCUGAAACGCAGUGGACGAGACAGUGGAUACUGUGAUAUCUGGUGUACGGAAAGGAACGAGUCAAUAUCGCCACAGCUCAGGCAUAGAAGAGACGAUUCACUUGAUAGUUUAGACUCACUUGGGUCAAAGUCUGUCGCCAGUCUUUCAUCAGACAUAACAUUAAAAGGCAGUAGUGAAGGUGGUGGGAGUGACAUUGAGUCAGACUAUCUAAACAGCAAGACAAUGGAUGGAGCAAAGGAUGAUAUGUCACUUCGCAGGACCUCCACUUCUGAGUAUAAGCCUGUUGUGCCCUACAACCAAUUCCUGCCAGCAAAAAACAAACCUGCAACUUAUGUUCCAGCUCCACUGAAGAAAAAGCGAGCGGCAAGACGUGAAGAUAACAGAAGAAGUUGGGCAAGCCCAGUGUUUACAGAAAAUGAUGGAACGUUUUCAAGACUUCUCCAAAGGUCAGCUGAUAGUGAUUUAGGGAGUAAAUCACUCAACGACGUGUCUGAAGAUUCCAUUGGAAUUCUUAAAUCACUGAGAUAUGAGGAGUUACAGAAAAUGAAGGCUGCUCUGAAAGACCAAGACCAGGAAUGGCAGAGUGACUUGGCAAAAUGGAAGAAUCGACGCAAAAGUUAUACUUCAGACUUGCAGAGGAAGAAGGAUGAAAGAGAAGAAAUUGAGAAAAUAACAAGUGGAGAGAAUGCUAGACCCACAAAGACGUUCAGACAAAUGAGGGAAGAAAGAGAGCUCAGACAGGAGGGAUCAUAUGGUGGUGACCAAACUGAUUACAGAAAGCUCAACUCUUCUGACGAAGAAGUGUUUGCUGAAAAGACACAACCCCCAAGACGUUUUUACGCAAAGAGCUCUACAGUGGCGAGUGAAACCCCUUUCACUUCCCAGAGGAGUGAGGUGGUUUCUUCAGCACCUCCGUCUCAAGCCUCAAAGAGCAAGACAGCAUCAGAAUUGAAAAGCACAGACAACGAUCAGUCAGGAAAGCAAAGCUCUGCUCCCUUCUAUACCCGCCAUGCAAUGGAUCGCAAAACUGAAUCAACCAAGGUUUCAAAUUCCCUGCCGAGGAAUUACCAAGCACCUGAUGUAUCCAGAAUUGGACCUGUUGUCAUGCCAAGACCCUAUGGCACACAAUCUAAAAGACUCUCCUCCCUCACUAGAUCUUAUCCGUUGCAAGAUGAAUCGCUUAAAUAUAACGGAGAUGCGAAUGGCCUAAAAACCUCCCGGGGAGCACCAAGUUUCUUUUCCAAGCUAGAAGCACAAGAAUCCAAGAACAGUCGUGGGGUCUUGCCAAAGAAAGAAGAGGGAGCUACGUGGGUCAACACUUCCUGGAAAAUGGAGGAAAAGAGAUCAGUGCCGGUCAAUCUUUCUUCAAAAUCAGAAAAUGAUGUGUAUGCGAGAAGCAACCUUUUAUCAAAGCAAGAUGAUGAUGACCAAUCACAGGCCAGUGCUGUAAUGAGUAGUAAUGAGGAAGAGGAGGAGGAAGAACAAGAAAGGGCUCCAUCUCUUAGUAAGAAUAACUUUCUCCAAGAGUCAAAGCCUGACACCACUACUGGCCCAGGAACAAUGAAUUCUUUUACAAAAACAAGCAGCUUGCCUACAGCCCCGGUUACCACAGCAGCCACGGAACAGGGGCAGUACAGUAACACGCGAAUAGUUAUUAAUCAGAGGCCGAACAGUGAUCGUGACUUUGGAUUCACAACCAUUUGGAACUCUACGGGUAUAACUGUCAAAUCAGUCGAACGAGGGGGACCAGCAGAAUUUUGCCAAUUGCAAGUGGGUGAUGAAAUCAUUUCUAUCAAUGGUAAUGAUGUAGCUGACAUGAGCCACCGGGCUUGGAUGGAAGCCAUGGAGGGCGCAAACCAGAGCGGAAACCUGAACAUGGAAAUCAGAAGAUAUGAGAACAGUCGUAUAAGUGAGACAGAACAUGCUAACUUCAAUGACCCUACUAGAUGGGACGAUGCUGGACUGGUCACAAUGACCAACAAGAGCCAAUCCUUGAAUCGAUCAAUGGAGGUUGAUAAAUCAAAAAGGGACCAGGAAAAUUUGCUGGAGGAUGAAAAGUCAAAAGCGUUUGAGCCCCUUAGCCUGAGAAACUUUAAAAGGCGGUCCCAAUUUUUUGAACAAGGCGGAUCUGAAUCUGCAAUGAGUGAUCUACAAAUUCCAUCAAUUAGUGUUUCAAGUCGAUGGUCUUGGAAUCCUGAGGAGGAGAGAAAGCGCCAGGAAAUAUGGCAGAAAGAGCAGGACCGAUUGUUACAGGAAAAAUACCAGCGGGAGCAGGAGAAACUACAGGAAGAGUGGAGAAAGGCUCAGAAAGAAGCUGAACAAGAAGGUUCCAAGUACUACGAAGAGGAGCGCAGGAUACUACAGGAAACAAACACUCCACAAUCCCCUUCAAAUACUGUGGAUGGGCCUGUAGAGUUCAAGCACCAGUAUACUUCUCGAAACUGGAUUACGUCUUGGAGUAACCAGGAAUCUGAGGACGAAUCGCAGGAACUGGGAGAAGGAGAGGAUUGGCACAGAAGUGAUGAUGACGAGGCAAGGCAGCGAGAAGAAUUACGGUCACAAGAAGAAAGAAGGCGUCAAGAAGAAGAAGCAGCAGAUCACCUUGAGCAGGAGAGAAAACUGCAAGAGAAAGAACGUGAACAGCAAGAACAAUGGUAUCGUGAGCGAGAGCGACUUAAAGAAGAGAAGAGGCAGAGACAACAAGCAGAGCAAAGGGUUUGGUUAGCAGAAACUGAAAGAACAGAGGAAUAUCAGCCCCAGUGGGCAAAGUCCAAGUCUACCUCUGACCUCGAUGAGUUUGUGCCUGCCCAGGGACAUGGUGUAGGUGUGAAACCAGUGGGUGGUGUGGCCCAGUGGCUGCUUGAGGAAGAAAAUCUCCGCAGGCGACUUGGGAAGACACAGGAAGCUACACGUGUUGAAUUGGAAACUGAGAGGCUGAAAAUCCUUAAUCAGAUGAAAUAUGCUGACCCAGAGAGAGGUGACACGAAGAGCAAAGCCCCAGACAACUCGUGGAUUAAGAGUGAAACGCGACCAAAAUCUUCACAACAAAAAGAGCCACCACUCUCGUACGCUGAGCAAGAACGACAGAAAAUCCUACAGGAAAUGCGAAGAAAGACCCAGCUCCUGAAUGAUAAUAGCUGGAUUAGGCAGCGUAGUGCCAGUGUUGCCAAUAAGACUGCACCGAGCAAUUAUGGAUCAAUGAGAAGAGGUGAAUCUUUAGACAACUUAGAUGCCCCAAAGGCAAACAACUGGGGAUCGACUACAGAGCCAGCACAUUCCUCGGGAAAAGGAUCUGGUUAUUAUCCAGUCUCCACUUCUAACCGAUCUUACUUGCGCACUGCAUCAUCAACCUUACCACCGCAAUCCACUGGAUCUUUGAGAACAGCAUCGUGGACCAAGAAUCCUUCUGUUGCACCAACCAGUCAGCCCCAGAUACCACAAAGCAACAGGUCAAUAAGUGGAAAGAAGAUCUGUUCAUACUGUGAUAGUCCUCUGGGCAGAGGAGCUGCCAUGAUCAUCGAGUCUCUUGGUCUUUGUUAUCACUUACAUUGUUUUAAGUGCAUCUCGUGUGGCAUUGACCUUGGGGGUACAGAAUCUGGAGCAGAGGUCCGAGUACGGAAUAACAGACUCUACUGUAAUGCCUGCUACAUCCAGUUCAAAGGUAAGUAGAAGUUCAGAAGCAGC